GUAUUUAAUUAAAUGUUAACAUAACUAUAUAUACACUCUUCCUCUUCCUAAGAUCUAUUAUUCUACAGUACAUUACACACUUACCGUUUAUAUAAAUUUAGUAACUUAAUUAAUAAUAAAGCAAAAAAUAUCCUCUUUCUGAAAAUACCCAAUUUCACAAACAAAAAAUCUCUCUGAAAACCCUAGAUUGAAGCUCUGUAGACGAAGAAGUCGAUUCAACAGCUAAUAUGGAGGCUGGGAUGUUGUCCGCUACUGAUCAACAGAGUAUGGUCUCUUCGUUUUUGGAGAUCGCCGUUGGACAAUCCGCCGAGACUGCCAGGCAAUUCUUGCAGGCUACAAGUUGGAAACUUGAGGAGGCUAUUCAGUUGUUCUAUAUAGGUAACGAAGGUGGUGGCACUGUUGGGGGAUCGUCUUCUCAAAUUCCAGCUGCGGAAAAUAUUGAAGCUUUGGCUGAACAGACUUCUCGUGAAGCCGAAAGGAAUGUGGUUGAUGAAGAUGAAGUUCGCGCACCUAUACCUGUGAUCAGGGGAACUCUUUAUGAUGAUGCCUUACUGUAUGGGGCAUCAAGAAUGAGACAUCCUGAAUCAAGUUCAGUACCUGGUUUACGUAAUUUUGAUGAGGAAAUCAAACGCCCUGGGGUUUGGGAACCAGAGCAAGGAGUUGCAUCAACAGCUGAAAAUUCUCGGGAUAAUCUUGCCUCCUUGUAUCGCCCUCCAUAUCAUAUAAUGUUUCAGGGAUCAUUUGAGAAGGCAAAGGGUACUGCCUCUUCUCAAGACAAAUGGCUCUUGGUAAACUUGCAGUCUAAUACGGAGUUCAGCUCACAUAAGCUUAAUCGCGAUACAUGGUCUAAUGAAGCUGUCUCUCAAACCAUCAGUACAAACUUUGUCUUUUGGCAGGUUUACGAUGAAACAACUGAAGGCCAGAAAGUUUGCACUUAUUACAAGUUGAGUAUUAUGCCUGUUAUACUCGUUAUUGAUCCUAUCACUGGGCAGAAAAUGCGCUCAUGGGUUGGAAUGGUCGAACCUGAACGAUUGUUGGAGGAUUUAUUAACAUUCAUGGAUAGUGGUCCAAAGGACCAUCACGUCACUUUGUCACACAAACGACCCAGAGAAAGUUCUUCGGCUCAGCCACAAAAAACUAAAGACAAAAGUAAUGAAUAUGAAGAAGUGGCGCGAGCAUUGGCCGCUUCCAUGGAAAGUAUAAAGGAGACCAGUGAAGUGAUUCCCAAGGAUAAACAUGUGAAUCUCACUGAAGAAGAUGAGAAGACAUGCUUGGAAAACAAGCCUGAUUAUCCACCUUUGCCAGAAGAACCCAAGGGCGAUAAAAGCCUUCUAUGUACGGUUGGAUUUCGUCUUCCAGAUGGGCGCAGGGUGCGGCGGAGUUUCCUUCGUACAGACCCAGUUCAGCUGCUAUGGUCAUUCUGUUGUUCUCAACUAAAGGAAGCCGAAACAAGGCCAUUUCGAUUGGCACAGCCUAUACCGGGAGCUUCCAAGAGUUUGGAUUAUGACACAGAGAUGACAUUUGGAGAGUCUGGGCUUGCCAGCUCUAUGAUAUCUGUUACAUGGGAAUAGAUUAUCGACAUAAUUAAUUAUAAGUUGUUCUGGCUGUUUUAGGUGCGACAAGAAUUUUGUAUUGUCGUUUCUUUUUUACCAAUAUUUUCAUCACUUAAAGUGUUUGUCUUUUUAUUUAUACCGGUUAGUUAUGUACAUACUCAAACGGCAGAUUCUUCAAUUAUCUAUCUUCAUUUAUUACUCUUUUUAUUUCUGUUAAAUAUUUAAGUUGUUCGAUCA